GGCACCAGGAAGGAGGACAAUUCGUCUCUCGGGCUGCCCAAGCGACAGCUGUCAGAGGGGCAGGAGCUUCUGGGAGCCGCCAUCUGAAGGCUACGUGUGCUGCCUGGCCAUUCAAACUGUCAAUUUUAGGUCCAGAAGUGUCCAAACCACAAGUUCUCAAAACUCCCUGAAAAAUGGCUCCCUCCGAGUUAAGCAAUUCUGAAAGGCAUUCUCUGGGAAAAGUCUGUGGAGGAGAGAGGGAUCUUCCUGCAAAUAAUGUGGUCUCAGGCAAGGACACAGAAUCUUGGCUGUCUGCUUAAAAAAAAAAAAAAAAAAAAAAAUGCCUAGACUCCUUUGGUGGAAAUUGAGUGUCGAGCUACAAAAUCUCAAAUGGCAGACUAUCAUCAUUUAAGAGCGCCUGGACACUGGAAAAGGCGAUUCCCUGAGCGCCCGGAGUUGGAGACAAUUCCUAGUUCAGAUUUAAACAUCUCUCUAGGGGAGGAGUGAAAGGGAGGAAUCAUGCACAGCCUCCUGAAGCUGCUACAAGCUCCCAUUGAACAAAACCAGCUGGACUUGGAGGAGAUGUUUUAACCUUUUGUCAGGUAAUUAUGGGCCUUUUUGGUUUCUCUAGUGGCUGUGGUGUAUGGUGUGGGUGUUAGCAAACUCCAUACAAUGGCAGGGAGGGAGGAAGUCCGCUAUCCAGGCCAGUUGUUUCUGGGCCUGCCCCUUGCCUUUUGAUAUACUGGCCUGUGAGCCAGAGGAGACUGAGGUGCAUGGGUGUGCAGGAUCCAGCUUGUCCGAGGGUGGGAGGCUGUAAGGAAAGUUAAGUGGAUUCUAAAAAUAAGAAUAGCAUUGCUGUACCCUUGUGUUUGGAGUAUGUGUAAAGAAAUAUAAGUGGAGAUAAGCUGUCUUGCAUGGUAUUCAUGUGGGGAUGGCCCCCAGCAUUCUAUUGCUUAGACAGAGCUCUUAAACUCAAAAUUGCUGGUUGAGGUCCCCCACCGACCCUCCCUCAAAGCUAAAUAUUCUGUUUGGAAACCUAGUUCCUUUAGUGGUUCCCUAUUUCAAAUAAAAGGAUUUAAGUUGACGUAUGACCACGUGAGCACAUAAUACAGUGCAUUAUUGUGGCAUUUGGAGCGGAGACCCAGGCAGGCUUCGCCUGUGAUUACGUUUUCUAGAUUCUCUACAGAGCUGGAGCUUUUCCCCAACCCCCACACACCCACCUCCUCCUUCUCCUUCCCCUUCUCCGGAGAGCAUUCUCUGAGCAGGUUGCAGUUUUCAGCACUCAUGGAGCCGUUCUGGGCGAGCUAGCUGAUGGAAGUCGAGGGCCGUACCAGGAGGAUGGAAUUUAUUUUAAGAGCGGCUUGAGACUGGGGCACCGACCAUCUGUACGCCAGGACGUCGGACCUUCGUCUUGAGGUCGGAGCCCCACUUCUACCCGCUGAGGCCCGCAGCCCGGGAGCCACCUAUGGGGCGGAUAGAGGCCCUGGCCGGAACCGAGCUUCUGCCCCAGAUAUCCCUGGGCUCCCGCAGCUCUUCAAGUCGGGUCCGCGCGUUUUGCCCUGCAGGGUCUUGGCGCCAGCGGAAAGGUCUGUGCGGGGCGGCCAUUGGCGGCGGAGUGUCACGUGACCGCGGGGGCGUGCCAAUGUGCGCCCUCAAGGGUGUCAAACCGCUGUCAGAGUGUGCGAUCAAGAUCGUGAAACAACGCGAUGCAAAAAGCGACCUACUACGACAGCUCGGCGAUCUACGGUGGCUACCCCUACCAGGCAGCCAACGGGUUCGCUUAUAAUGCCAAUCAGCAGCCGUACCCGGGGUCUGCCGCUUUGGGCGCCGCCGAUGGCGAGUACCACCGACCCGCCUGCUCACUCCAGUCCCCCUCCAGCGCCGGGGGCCACCCCAAGGCACUUGAGCUGAGUGACGCAUGCCUGCGCACCCUGAGCGGCCCACCUGGCCAGCCCCCAAGCCUGGGCGAGCCGCCCUUGCCCCCGCCGCCGCCCCAGGCCGCGCCCCCUGCCCCACAGCCGCCUCAGCCCCCACCUCAGCCCCCUGCACCCACCCCUGCCGCGCCUCCGCCCCCCUCUUCUGUCUCCCCCCCUCAGAAUGCCAGCAGCAACCCCACCCCUGCCAACGCAGCCAAGAGCCCCCUGCUCAACUCACCCACAGUGGCCAAACAAAUCUUCCCCUGGAUGAAAGAGUCUCGACAAAACACGAAGCAGAAAACCAGCAGCUCCAGCUCAGGCGAGAGUUGCGCUGGCGACAAGAGCCCGCCGGGCCAGGCUUCCUCCAAGCGCGCGCGCACGGCCUACACGAGCGCUCAGCUGGUGGAGCUGGAGAAAGAGUUCCACUUCAACCGCUACCUGUGCCGGCCGCGCCGGGUGGAGAUGGCCAAUCUGCUGAACCUCACCGAGCGCCAGAUCAAGAUCUGGUUCCAGAAUCGCCGCAUGAAGUACAAAAAGGAUCAGAAGGGCAAAGGAAUGCUGACGUCAUCGGGGGGGCAGUCUCCAAGUCGCAGUCCCGUGCCCCCUGGCGCCGGUGGCUAUCUGAACUCUAUGCAUUCGCUGGUCAACAGCGUCCCGUAUGAGCCCCAGUCGCCCCCGCCCUUCUCCAAGCCUCCCCAGGGUGCCUACGGGCUGCCUCCCUCCUCCUACCCUGCGCCCCUGCCUAGCUGUGCACCCCCGCCACCCCCACAGAAGCGCUACACUGCGGCAGGGGCGGGCUCAGGGGGCACCCCCGACUAUGACCCGCACGCUCAUGGCCUGCAGGGCAACGGCAGCUAUGGGACCCCACACAUACAGGGAAGCCCCGUCUUCGUGGGGGGCAGCUAUGUGGAGCCCAUGAGCAACUCCGGGCCAGCCCUCUUUGGUCUAGCUCACCUCCCCCACGCUGCCUCGGGCGCUAUGGACUAUGGGGGCACCGGGCCGCUGGGCAGCGGUCAUCACCAUGGGUCGGGGCCUGGGGAGCCGCACCCCACCUACACGGACCUUACCGCCCACCAUCCUUCUCAGGGAAGAAUUCAGGAAGCACCCAAGCUCACCCACCUGUGAUGGUGGGCUCGGGGCUACGCGCCAGGAGAGUCUCCCCCACCCACCUUUUUGCUUUGGUUGCUUUUUUUUUUUUUUUUUUUACGUUCUUCCUGCCCUUUCCUUCCUUCUGCGCCCCCGAACUCCAUUUCCCGGUUUCCCUGCUCUUUGGUAACGCAUUUUUAUAGUUUAUGUGACGUAGCAAUCUUGGUUGCUGGAAUGGCUGUAUCAGUAGCGAUAUUUAUCUCUUCCUGCCCCUCGCUAGGCCACUGGCCCUGCAUCCUUUACCUUCUCCACUCUUUGAUCAGAAACAGGGUAUAUGAACAAAUUUUCUAGUCGAGUUUUCAAUGUGAAUUUGUUCGUACAUUAUGGCUCCCGAGGGGAAGCGAUUAUUAUUAUUUUUUUUUUACAUUUUUAGUUUUUUUUUUUUUUUUAAUUGCACUUGUAAAGAGAGAGAAAAAAAAUCAAAGGCGCUUUGAAACAGGGGCUCCCUGUGCAAGGAUGACUAAGUGUAGUCUUUCCGUGUGUGUAUGCUGGUGAACAGUCAGAUUUAUUUAUAUUUUUUUUGCAAGCAUUGAAUAAUCUAAGUUUUAAAUAUUAUUUAUCCCCAAUCCGUUCGUAUUUAUAUUAAAGAAAUUCUGUGCCCUGAUUGUUCAGAAGGGUUCUUGGACCUUUUGUUCAACUGUGUAUUGGCGUACAUAGAAAUUUUUUUUAUUUGAAAGGGAAAUAGAAUUCCUUUAAACGGUAAUGAUGCAAUAAAACCAGAGAAGAUACAGCUUUUGAAAACAGUGAUUUAGGUUUGAAUCCGGCAAAACUGAAAAAAAAAAAAAUCUGUAAACGCGAAAAAUGCUAGAUUUGUGUUGAGUUCUACAUUCCUUGCUGCUCACAUUCUGAGAAACAAAACAAAAAGAAAUAAAGUUUUUAUUCUGAAUAAUAUCCUUGUUAAGAAGAGGUUCUUUGGCCGAAGACGUGGGUCUGCGUGGAAUUCAGGCCGAUGCGAGCCGGCCGAGCAGGCCGGGCGCAGCAGCCCUGCGGCUCCAGCACCCGGCCUGGCCAGGCUGUUCGCCUGGAAGUUCCGCGAAUUCUCAGGAUGGCGGCUGGGGCGCCAGGCGGCUGCGGCAGCCCUGGUAACGCUGGGCAGCCCGCUCGCUGGGCUGCCUGGUUCGCAGCAGCUGCGGAGGCAGGCCGAGGGCGCUGUGGCUGCCGAGUGCUGAGCAUGAUGGAAACAAAGGCAUCCCAGCCCACCGCGCAGCGGGAGCGCACAGGUGCCCCUCGGCCGGGCCGGGAGAUAACUCAGGGAGGUCUUCUGCUCCACACUCUUCCUUGGGCCAAAGCUGACCAGCUAUUGCCUAAAUCCCGGGAUUAGCCAGCCGCACAGAGGAUGCUGAGCACUUUCCGGGAGCAGUCGGACUCCUGGUCUCCUCUGGGAAUGCUUCGCGGUCCAUUAUCGUGUCAGGAGGAAAGAAUGGUUCCUAAAAUCUGCACACGGAGCGAAACAGUUUGAAAGGGAUUGAGGCUCACCCGGGUCUUCAGCAAAUGGAGAAUUGAGCUGGGGAGAGUCACCCUGAGCCAGCCCUUCCUCGGACUGCCUAAAUCCCAGCAUCAGUUUCCUACUGAAUGUAGUAUUUAUGUAGUAUUUGGCAUUCUCUGAAUUUAUUUCCUCCCUCAUUCCCUCCCAGCUUUCUUUUUAUGGCCCCAGGGGGAGGGGGGAGAGCAAGGAGAUCGGUAUCUUUGAAAUAAAAAUGCAAUUUUAUAA